AUACAAACAGCAGAAAAUUGCUCACACUAUCAAAAAGCAGUAGAAGAAAAUGCAUGUUUUGCUUGAGAUCCCAUUGUUUUUCCUUAUUGUCCUCUAUUCCUAUUUGGAGGCCUUUGUCAAGCUUUUCAUUUCUGCCAAGAAAAAAUCUAUUGCUGGAGAACUUGUCCUCAUCACUGGAUCAGGCCAUGGACUUGGGAGAGCCACAGCUUAUGAAUUUGCAAAGCAUCAGUGCGAGUUAGUUCUUUGGGAUAUCAACAAGCGUGGUGUUGAGGAAACGGCUGAAGAGUGCAGGAGACUGGGAGCCACAGCACAUGCAUUCGUCGUGGACUGUAGCAAGAAAGAGGACAUCUACAAAGCUGCAGAGAAGGUCAAAGAAGAGAUUGGCAAUGUGAGCAUUUUGAUGAAUAAUGCGGGUGUGAUAGCCCCAGCAGAUGUGGUAUCGACUGAUGACCAUGACAUUCAGAAGAUAUUUGAAGUCAACAUUCUUGCUCAUUAUUGGACAAUAAAAGCAUUCCUGCCUACAAUGAUGAGGAAUAACUAUGGACAUGUUGUCACAGUGGCUUCUGCUGGAGGCCAUUUAGUGGCUCCUUUUCUUGUGGCAUAUUGGUGUGUAUGGCAGGGGUAUCCCCCAGUCAGCAGAAAGGAUGUCUUUUCCAGUCCAAUACAGACUGAAAGGCAUGCUGGGAAGGGCAUAGGACAGGGAGGUGGGACUUUGGAGGUUGGCAUGAGGAAGCCAGAAGCCAGGACAAAAGUAGCACUAUGGCCAUUUGGAAGAGCUGUGCAAUAAUGACUGUCCCCAACUUAAUAUGUUUAUGUUUCCUAGACUAAUGCGCUUAUGGCCCCUUACGAGCCUGAUGUGAUAAAAUCCAUAGCCUCUUUCACAUUACACAGUUAUAUUACCUUAACUGUGAUAGUUCCAUCCUAGGAUUUGAAGUUUUGUGAAGAAUUUAGAUUUUUCUGCCAGAGAAUUCUACUGCUUAGUUGUUGUUGUGUGUAUUCAAGUCAUUUUCAAUUUACGGCAACCCCAGGGUGACCCUUGACAUAGGGUUUUCUUGGCAAAAUUUGUUCAGAAAGGAUUUGCCUUUGGUUUCUCCUGAGGCUGAGAGAGUGUGACAUGCCCAAGAUCACCCAGUGGGUUUCCAUGGCCAAGUAGUGAUAUGAACCCUGGUCUCCAGAGUCUUAGUCCAAUGCACGAACCACUAUCCCAUGCUAGCUCUACUGCUUCAUUGAAGUACAAACUGCACAAUUCUCUAGGAUGCAGCCGUGGCAGUUAAAGUGGCAUCAGAGUAUAACUGUGUAGUGUGAAAGAGACCUACAAAACCUCCUGAAGAGCUCCUGAUGACUCUACAUAUUAGAAUCCUAAUUUUGCAAUGCAUGUCUGCUUCUAGUAGUUGGUCAGCAGUUACAUGGCAAAAAGUACAGUGGUGCCUCGGGUUAC